UCAGUAUUAUCUUAUUCAGAUUUAAAUUUACUUUUCAGAGUUCAAUAGCACUUGGUCCAACAUUUAUCAAUACUUCAUCAAAAAUUGUGUUAACGGUCCCCCAAAAUACCCAUAAAUGGAUUUCUUGGCUUACAGGCUCUUCCUUUGUUUUACAACCAACAAUUCAAUAUAAUACUAUUCGUGGCGAUUUUGAUUUUAUUUUAACUCCAUUUGUUGGUUUUCCUCUUGGUGGUGGAAAUCAAGGAAUGAUUGUAUUAAAUAUUGGAAUUAAUAGGCAUCCAUCUCUUAUACUUUCUUAUGUGAAAAAUAAAUUUGACCAUCCACAAUUUGCUUGCAAUUUAACUAUUUCUCCAGUCCAACCAUCACUUCGGCUUACAUAUCAUUUGAGAUAUCCACAAAAUGAAUUACAUUAUGAAGCAAGCUGCGUUCUUGCUCUUAGUGAAUUUACCCCUUCUCUAUUAAUUGAGAAACGUCUUACAAAAUUUUCAAAGAUUGGUGUUAAUUUACUUUUCUCAUUUCCUUCUUUUAUGCUACAGGCGAGUUUUCGAAUUCGGACAGGAUUAAAUAAUUACGAAUUUCGUGUUAUGCUUUGUGAACAACAAGAGGAUAUUGUUACUUCAUGUUUAUAUGGUAUAAUAUUGCCUGCUGUUUUUUUGAAUGUUUCGAGAUUAUUAUUUAGAAAACAAAUUUCUUGGAUUUUUGAAGUUUUGACAGGAAAUCAAUUAAAUGGAGAUGAAGUGUUAAUUGAAAUAAAAAAAGAACAAGCACAAAAAGCCGUUGAAUUAAUGCGUGCAAAUGCUGAAAAAGUAGCAAACGAAGAAAAACGUAAAAAUGGACUUGUAAUAAUUGAAGCUUUUUAUGGGCAAAUGCAGAAUGAUAGACCUGCUUCGGAAUUAUAUCCUUUACUUGGAGAUAAAGUUGUUGAUGUUACUAUUCCAUUACAGGCAUAUGUACAUGAUUCACAAUUACGUAUUUAUAGUGGAAAGGAUCAAAUGCCUGGAUUCUUUGAUCCUUGCCCAGGCGAACCAAAAAUGUUAAAGGUUCUUUACCGUUUUGGUGGACAUCUGCAUUCUGUCGCUGUUUUAGAAGACCAACCAUUAAUGUUGCCGAUGAAAGCACACAGAGUUUUACAAGAAAAUGAAAAUAAAUAG